ACCGCCUCCCGUCUCUAGGUAACGUGAGGUGGGGGCGGGGGUCAAACAACGCGGCAGCUAGUUGGCCGCUGUUGGCAGGCUCCUCUUUUCGGAGCCUUGACCCUCGGACGCUCAGGGCCAUGGCCCUGCCGCUGCUGCCCGGCAACCGCUUCAGCCGGAAUGUGGGAAAGGAGAAAUUCCACAAAUCUCAACAUUGGGGCUUUUGCAACAAUGUUAGGAUGCUGGUGAGUGAAGAUAAACCAGGAAUAGGUGGAGAACUGCUUUUUGGACAAAAGAUAAAGCCAAAGUAUAAUGUAUUUCCUGAAGAAAUGGGAAAUGACUUGCCAUCCUGGGUGGCUUUUGAUAAACAGGUAUUAUCUUUUGAUGCCUAUUUGGAAGAUGAAGUGCCUGAUAAAAGGCAAGAAAACUAUAGAAUUAGACGCUAUAAAAUCUACUUCUACCUUGAAGAUGACACAAUUCAAGUAAAUGAACCAGCAUUGAAAAACAGCGGAUUGCCUCGAGGAACUUCUAUCCGGCGUCACCGGAUUUCUCUCCCACCUCCGGAUAAGGAUCAGUUUUAUACUGUGUAUCAUUUCAAUGUCGGCAUAGACGUUGUCUUUUAUGGCCGGACAUUCAAGAUUUAUGACUGUGAUACAUUCACAAAAAACUUUCUGAAGAAAAUAGGAGUCAAAGUAAACCCGCCGCGACAAUGUCCAGAAGAUCCUUACCUGAAGUUACGGAGAGAGACGCUGGAUUGCGUGGAGCCCUUACGUCCCUACGAGUCCUUCGACACUCGGAAACAGUUCCUCAACUAUGAUAGGAAGGUUCUGCGUUUCUUCUGCCUGUGGGAUGACUCAGGCUCAAUGUUCGGGGACCGUAGAGAACUCACCCUGCUUUACUUUCUGUCUGAUGAUACUAUCGAAAUCAGAGAAACGUUGCCACAUAACUCAGGAAGAGAUCCUGUGACAGUGUUCCUCCAGAGGAGAAAGCUACCUAAGUAUGGCCCCCCUGGAGUCUAUCAACCAGGCCAGUUAGCAGAUCAAACAGUUCUCAAUAUGUAUGGUGGCUAUUCAGUGAACCGAGUGUACAGAUACCUGCUGGAUAAAUACAAGCCAGAAAAAUUAGAGCAAGAGUUUUACAAAGAUAGUGACCUGUCCAUAGGAACCACCAUCAACGUGUGGGGAAGGAAAGUGCUCCUCUGUGACUGUGACAAAUUCACGAAGACUUAUUAUAAGACUAAAUAUGGAAUUGAGAACUUUACCUCGAUUUCAUGCAAGGCCCCAUCUCCUCCAAAAAUAGAAAGGAAAUUUCCACCUUAUACCGGCUUUGGUUCUGAAGAGGAUUCUCUCCGCUCCUGCAUAGGCCUCAUGCCCACACCUCAUCAGAGGGACUUGAAGAAGUUCAUGGAAAAAGACAGCUAUGGCAACAUAAGCAACAGGCUCCGGUUUUUUGCAAAACUAAUUACAAAAAAACGUGCUGAAAUGGACAGGCUGUUUAUUAUUUCCUAUUUUUUCAGUGAUGACACAAUUUCAGUGUUUGAACCCAUAGAGAGGAAUUCAGGGUUUACGGGUGGGAUGUUCUUGAAAAGAAGUCGUGUUAAGAAGCCUGGACAAGAAGUCUUUAAAAGUGAACUGUCGGAAUACAUCAAGGCUGAGGAGUUGUAUAUUGGAGCCAAAGUGAACGUGAAUGGCUACCUGUUUCUUUUGCUCAAUGCCGAUGAGUACACCUUAAAGUACAUGGAGAAGAAUUCGGAUAAGUUUCCUUUCAGCAACAUUGAACUUGCCCUACAAAAAGUAAAAGAAGAAGAAUCAAAAUCCAGAGAGCUCAAGCAGGUAUUUGCAGCUGCGGAUUGUAUGCACACGAAGAUGGUAGAUUAUAAUAUAUUCAGAGACAUAAUGAUGACUCUAACUGUCGGGAGACUCACAGACCAAGAACUUAUAACCAUUGCACGUCACUACCAGGUGCCUGAGGACCCGUGUCCAGAUAUCCUAAUGGCAGAGGUCCACGAGCAGCUCAAGAAAAAUGGUUUUGAGAAUUUCGAAAGACUCAUUGCUACCUGUGUAUACCAAGAUCGGGAAAAGAAAAAAGUAUUACCCAGCAAAGACAUCAGAAGGCUGUGCAAGUCUGCCAGGUUACCUUUGGAUGAUGAUCUUCUAGCAUCCUUGCUGUCCAGGUUUGAAGACAGUGAAAAACAAAUAAAUUACGAAUCAUUUUUCUGUGCCCUGAAUUGGAGAGUGAAUCCGAUGCCCGAAUUGGAAGCAGUGUCACCCAAUAAAGAGAGAUGUGAAGAGGAGUGGCUCGGGAUGCCAUCACCUAUUCCUGCGAAAUGCAUUAACUAUUUAAAGCUUUUAAAGGAUGUGUUUGGCUUAGAGGAGGAGUAACCAUGCAGCUUUGGUUACCUCCCUUUGAUUUCCUGCUCUACUUUUGCCAAGUCUGUUUCAGUAGCUAUAAUUCCAUUAAAAACAAAAAGAAACAAAGUUCAUAUUGAAUUAAAAUCCCAUAGACUGCAAUUAAUCUCCAUUUGUCAUGUUAGUUUUUCAGAACAUCAUACGAUAUUGCUGAUGUAUCAGCACUAUUAAAAAUGCCAUUUAAAGAAAGGAACAUUUUUAUUAUAUGAUUUAUUAAUACCAAGAAUCUUACUGUAACUUUCUAGCCAACAUGAUUCAUUACAACACAAAAAGAAACUGACUUUUGACAGCUAUAUAUGACAAUAUAAAAUCAAAUUAUAUCAGCACAAAAAGUUAUCUUAUUAAACAUUGUUUGAAAUCUUUUUGACAUGUGUUUAUUACUUAUAUAAUUAAACUUCGUAGCAACCCACCUUUUCAAAAUAAUCCUUAAACUUCUGUCGAGUGAAGGUAUUUGUUUUCUGAAAUGAGCAAAGUUAUGGGAAGAACUCCCCCUACAACACACACACAAAAUUAGGGAGAGAUUGAAACAUAUGCAAUGUUUAGAUAGUCAAAGGGCAUUAAAAAUAUAAAGUUAGCUUGUUAACAUAGGAAUAUGUCCAUGUGUAUAUAAUUACAGUAUGACCAAAAAUGUAUGAUGUCUGAAAUAUUUAAGGAUGUGAAUGCUGAAGAUUUUGAGAGAGCUCUUGGUUCAUUCUCCACACACAAAUAACCGCCCACCCCAGGGGUUUUCAUAUUCUAAGACUCCAGCGCAUUUCCCUUUUGCAUUUCUCUAUUUUUCUCUUUCUUUUAGGACUCUACAUUAUGAGUCACAGCAGAACUUUUGUCACAUAGUGUAUAUCUGAUUACACCUCCUAACCAUGGACCUCUGGGAAUUCAUCGUGAGAAGGUUGUCAGUCCACCCCAUCCUUCAGUGUUGUGUGCUGGGUAUCACAAAUCCAGUUGGCUGGUGUUCUCAGAGACAAUGAAACCGUGUGGAGAAGGGACUUGGGUGUUGACUUUCAUGACUGCUCUGAAGGGAGGAAGAGGAACUGAUGACAUCUCAAGGGUCCCUUCCAUCUCAUUAUUCUUCCUCUCCACAUUUACAGGAUUUGGCCUAGAAAUGAGCUGGUCUCUUGGCACUCAGAUGUACCAAUUUGCUCGACAACAAUGGCUCUUUCAUUUUUUUAAAGAAUGGAAGUUAACCAAUAAACUAUUUCUAGAUACAAACCUAGGAUAAUUCUAUAUGUGCCAUCGUUAAAAUAGACCCCAUAGGAUUUUCCAGUAAACUAGAACACUCAAUUUAUAUCCUAGAACCAUUUACCCAUAAAAUCUAAUUUUGACUUCUUGAUUUUUGUCCCAGGCUUUUUCUUUUUCUUUUUUUUUUUAAGACAACUGACAGUGCCAAGCCAUUUUGUCACUUUAAGAUUUUCCACUCCCCAGAGAGGCAAGCUUUUAGAAGGAUGACACUUUCCUGGAACUUUUCAGGCUGACACAUUUGUCACUUACCUAUUCCGUUUCUUCAGUCAGUUGUCUUUCCCUCAAGAUUUUAAAUCUGUAGAUAAUUUAGCCCUUGAACAGCCUUGUAAUAUAGUUCAUUUGAGAAGCAGGAGGGGGAAAAAGGAAGGAAGCAAGCCAGUGAUCUGCUCCUGAGUUUGUAGGAUGACAACUGCUUGUUGGGUUGCAUGGACGUGUCACCACCCUGCUUAUCCACAGUCCGAGCCCACAGUUAGCAAGUAAAUGGUCAUUAUAGAAAUCAUGCCAAUAAACAUGAUGCACUGCAGCCAUACAGAUACUUUAAAUAAUUAUUCUUUUUAUAACUAAGCCAUAUACUGAAGGAGAUUUAUAAUUCAGAGAUAAUAUACCCAUUAGUAAAGUUUAUGACCCAAUAAACAGCUCCCACUAGUUAAUAAAUGGCAAAGCCAUAAAAACAAAGACUAUUAAUUUAAUAGAAUUUCUGCACCUCCCUCUUGCUGGUGGUCUCAAGGCACUGAAGGGAAAUGCUAUCUUAGGAAAAACAUUUAUUCCCGUUAUGUAAAUAUCAAUGAAUUGUCUUACAAUCCAUCUGGAAAUCUCCCGGCCCCCACCUCCUUGGUCCCAGGUGGUCCUGAAAUGCUGAUGCAGUCUGCUUAGGUUUCAAGCAGUAGAUAACUCUGGUUUUCAGCACAAAUAAACCCUGUGACUCAAAUCUUUGGGGGAUGUGGAGAAGAUGGCUGUAAUUUCUGUCUCUCCUCUACCCUCUGAAGAAGAGAAAUCCCAACUAUUAACCAUUAUUCCAGAGUAGUAACUUCUAAGCUUCACCAUCUUUGCGUACACUUAAGUUGCUAGCUGCCUCUUCUCUUUCCUCUGAAAAAAAGAAAUCCCUACUCUUACCAUUGUUCCUGGAUAAUAAUUUUUAAAGAACUUUCAUAACCUUUGUAUAUACUUGUAUUUUUAGCUGCUAAUAUUUCUCAUUUUGAUGGAAAAGCAGGUGCUGCCGGUGGAUGUCAGGGUGAGUUGAAGGUUAAUAUAGGCAAUCCUUUUGUACUAAGAACUAAUUGUUUUUUUAAUAUUCCUGGAACCCUGGGAAUGAUUGAUAAAGUCAUUUGAAAGCCCCAAUCAAAUCAUGUCUUUUCAUAAGAACCUGAUGAAAAGCUGUUGAAGUUCACAUUAAAUGGUUUGCUGAGUCAUUGUUGGAAAGUGGGGAUGUCAGCAGAUGGCUAAUUUCCAGUGUGGGGUUUUGGGGAGUUUCUUGUUUUGUUUUUGCCUUUUCCCCCCACUUUAAACCCAACUGAACUGUUUGGACUUAACCGUUUGAAAAGCAACAUGUAUAGGUCUAUCGGUUGACUUUAAUGCUUACUAAAAUAGUUGAAUUCUUAUAAUAGAGAGAAGAUAAAGAGUGCUGUAACUUAA